UCAGCCCCAGCACCCUGAGGUGAUCCACACCAUCGCUUUGUAACUAACCAUCAUGUAACAGACAGGUUACAUGAUGGUUAAUGAGGUUCAGCUCAGUCGUGUUGGAUGUGAAAAACUUCACUGUGCAGAUAACUCUGAUUUUCCUUUGAGCUUUAUUCACCAUCGGAUCUGAAAUAAGUUUUAAAUCACAGUUUUAAUGAUCAAUAAAAAUCUUUAACUGAAAUUUCACGCUUUUAAUUUGAAAAGCCACCGUCCAUACUGGAUGUGACGUCUUAUAUUUACUUCCGGCGGAGCGAUGUCAGCGUAACACCGCAACAUGAAGAGUGAAGACAGAAUCACACCGACCCGCGAAAACUGCGUUUAUACCAGCUGUUACUGUGAAGAAAAUGUUUGGAAACUCUGUGAGUUUGUCAGAACGGAGAGAACCGCACCACUGGAACAGCUGUUUGUGCUUUUCAUCUCCAACGAGAACAGAAUGGUUCCUCUGUGGAAACAGAAGUCUGGACAAGGAGACCAGCCGGUGAUCUGGGACUACCACGUGAUCCUGCUGCAGGUGAGUCUUCAGUCGGACUCUCUGAUCUAUGAUCUGGACUCUGAGCUGUCGUUUCCCUGCAGCUUGAAACUGUACGCAGCCCAGGCCCUCCGCUCAGACCACAACAUCAGGCCUGAGUACCACAGGAAGUUGCGUGUUAUACCUGCUGACAGCUUCCUGUUAAAUUUUGCAUCUGAUCGAUCUCACAUGAAGACCCCUGAUGGAUCCUGGAGGAUGCCCCCCCCACCUUACCCCCCCAUACACACAACAGACAGUCACAUGAACCUGGAUGACUUCAUCAGUAUGGACCCUGAUGUUGGCUGGGGGAUGGUCUUUAGUCUGGACCACUUCCUGAAGAGCUACACAGGAAACUCUUCAUCAUCAUCAGCUUCAUCAUCAUCAAGAUGUCAGGCAACAACGACCCCCAGUAGCUUAACUUAGCUUAGCCUAGUUAAGCUUAGCUUAAUGUAUCCUACCUUAGCUUAGCUUCACAUUACAGAAGCUAAAGGUGCUCCAACUGUUGUGUUGUGUUUUUAGGUGUUAGCAUGUAGCAUAUGCAUCAAAUUGUUUUCUUCUGUUAAUCCUGUGAAAACUUCAAAUGUUAAAUUCCAGAUGGAGCUGAAGAGGCGUGUGAUGGGAUUCACAGCCACAGAUCAGCACUGGGAGGACUGGGUGAACUGGGAGAACUAGUAUGAGGUUGAACAGCAGGAGAGAUAGCUAGCUAACAGUCUGGAGGAUGAAAAUUCUUCUUUCAACCUCAGUUUUUCUCAUAGACACUUAUGAAAAACAUCACCACAGAUGUACCCUUGUCUCUCCGUCCUUUAUUUACCACAGUCUCAGAAAACUGGACUCAUUACAUUUCAUUCACAGUGUGUCAAACACAAGCAGCUAACCUUAGCUAACAUGCCACAGACGAGGCCUUGCAGUGGUACUUUUACUUCAGUAGAGUAUCUGAUUUCUUUUUUUACCAGUUACAGUACCACAAAGUAACACAAACACACUAACAGAUGGAGGCAGUGGUAUUCCAGCAGUUCCCAGUAAAAUCCCUGUUUUUGUCAGUGGAGUCUGGUAGUGAUAUAUAGAGAUGUUUCUGGUUAAACUAAAAGGAUCUUCCUCUUUAAUAAAAAGCUCUGUCUCUGUGGGAAUCCUAUCAUAAUGUUGUGUUGGAUUAAUUACAGCAGCUGUUCACUGUUCCUGAUCAAUACUGAUCAAUACUGUACUGAUUGCUUAGAUUUUUGUUCCUAUCAAUCACUUACAUCCAGAAACAUGUAUUUUUAUAUCAGUGUUGUUACUUUAACUUCAGUAAAAGAUCAACUGUUUUAUUUAAUUAUGUAAAAUAAACUACGUUUAAUAAAGUUUGAAACAGUGA